GAGCAGCCUGUAACCAUGACUCUGACCAAACUACUUCUGUUGUCUGUCUAUCUACUAGGUGUUCAGGGUCAGACACUGACUGAGUCUGAACCAGUGGUUAAGAAGCCUGGAGAAUACCACAAACUGACCUGCACAGCUUCAAAUCUUGACAUGAGUAGCUACUGGAUGGCUUGGAUCAGACAGACUCCUGGGAAGGGGCUGGAUUUUGUUGCGAUCAUUGAGAAUGAUAGUGACAGAAUCUACUACUCCCAGUCAGUCCAGGGUCGGUUCACCAUCUCCAGGGACAACAACAAGAACCAGGUGUAUCUCCAGAUGAACAGCCUGAAGACUGAAGACUCUGCCGUUUAUUAUUGUGCUAGAGACCACAUGGAGACAGAGCACUGUGAUGCUUUUGACUACUGGGGUAAAGGGACUCAAGUCACCGUUUCAAGUGAUGUGCAAAUGGCCCCAUCCUCCCUACUUACAUUCAGGCAAUGUGGAGACAAAGUCAGUAACGAAUACAUUCUUGGCUGUCUUGCUACGGGCUUUAGUCCGAGCACUGUGACAUUCAAAUGGACAAGUGGAGGAAGUGACCUGACGGACUUUGUUCAAUACCCCGCUGUCCAGAGUGAAGGAAAGUACAUGGGAGUUAGUCAUGUUCGCAUCCUACAGAACACCUGGGACAACACCAAGACUGUCCAAUGUGCCGUAGAGAAUCUAGGUGGUAGCAAAUCAUCCACCAUCACCAUCGAUAAAAUAGUGGUCAAGUCUCCCACAGUGACUUUGAUGGCCGUAUCAAGUGGAAGCACCCAAUACUUGGUGUGUAUGAUCGAAGGUUUUGCUCCAGACAACUUCACAGUCAAGUGGAAGCAUAACAACAAUGUUGUUGAUGGGACAACAUGGCCUGGAGUAAAGAAGCUCGGGCGCUACUCUGCCAACAGUUUCCUGAAGGUCGAUGUGAGAGACUGGAAGAACAAGCCCGAAUACACUUGUGAAGUUGACCACUAUGGAAAAACCAUUACUGAGAAGAUCACUAAUGUUCACUGCCCCUCUCUUAAAAAUGGAGACUCCUCAACACGUGGUGGAGAACUUCCUACAGUUUCUGUCAACCUCCCCUCAGAGGAAGAGCAGAAAUCGAAUCAAAAGGACGUGACUCUGGCUUGCCUGAUGACCAGCUCUUCUCCAUGUGACUACCAAAUCAAGUGGAAGGAGAACGAAGGAAAAUACCAGGAUGGAAUUACCAGCCCUCCUCAGAAAAUCCUUAAUGGCUCCAAGUAUUUGGUUACCAGUGUUUUAACCAUAAGCAAGGAUAAGUGGGAAAAAGAAGACCUGCAUGUGACCUGCACUGCCCUUAAUGGCUCAGAUGACAACUCUGUCCCAAUUCAGAAAACAGUGUCCAAAGCUCAGGCUCCAGAACCCGAGACAGGCUUUGCACUAAGCUGCAGAGAAGAAGGGGAUGAAGAUGAUGAAUUCAAGAGCCUCUGGUCCACUACCUCCACCUUCAUCUUUCUCUUCCUCCUCUCCUUCACUUACAGUAUGCUAUUCAGUCUUGCCAAGAUGAAGUGAAUUUGGAGGGGAUGGUCAUGUGCACUGUCCAGGAUAUCAGUCUUUUAUCACUCGAUGUACAGUAC